UUAAUUUGCAUCCACUGCAUGCGCUCCCCAAUAAAGAUUUUGAUUUUGAAAUGGAGAAAAGUAAUAAUGCCGCAGCUACAGCUACGGUUCAGCAUGUCACCAGAUCUUCAUCGGACGAGCUUCUCAGGAAGUUCGCCGAAGUGGAAGGGUCUCUAUCGGAGGACAGGCGACAGCUCCGACUCGUCAAGCGCCUCAAAAGGAGAGAACUCGCUCUGUUCGCUGCCGCCGCCGGCGCUCGUCGUCGUAGUAGCAGCAUCUGUUGCGGAAGAGAAGCGGCCAAUGGCAGUGGUGCGACGGUGGUGGAGCGCAAGUCUCUUCUCUCUCCGCAUUUCGGAAUUGGGAAAGUUAGGGUCCCAGCUCGGGACUUCAAAAACAGGUCUUUCGUGGCUACGCUAGUAAAGGUACGUGUACCUACGUAUCUCUUUUUAUUCCCCACGCAAAAUAAUACGGUACUUGUCCGUUUUCUUUUCUUUUAAAAAAAAUGCACCCGAUCGAAGAAUAGGUUGGUAUUCCUAGAACAUUUGAGUAAAACAGUGUCCCUCUAAUACAUAAACUCAAUGGAGGACCUAGGGGGCUAGGUGGGGUACGUGCCCCGUUUCGGGUUCGAAAAUUCAUUAGUAUCACUAAAAAUCAGUACCCUCACUUUGAGCUCGAAGUUUUUAUCAUAGAUUAAGUUUAGUAUUGUCUCGCUCUCACAAAUCUCUGGGUCCGCAACUGCAUAAACUAAUCCCAUAGACUAUGUGUACUCUGGAAAAAACACAUUAUACCCAAAAAAAUAAUGACUUGCGUUUUUUUCUAUUAUUAUUGGACUAAUAAUAUAGAGGCCGGGCAGAUUCUCUGAUAUGGGAUGCACUUAAUAGAAACAAUUAUGAAGCGCUUAGCAUUUAUUUUUACUUUUAUUUUAUUGCGUGAUUGUAUUGCUAGACUUUUGGGCUAAUGACUGUUGGGAUUAAUCGAAAGUUUGGAUUUGAUAACAAAAAAAGGGAGUAGCAAAAACCAUGCCACCCCCAAAAUUUUCAUAAAAAAUUAUAUACCGAAGGGGGAUUUGAACCCUGCACACUACAGACAACAACCAGCUCGACUACACGUUCUUUGUUGAUAAAUACUUACAUAGUACGUAGUAUUAUUCUUUGCUUUAAUACAUUUAUAUUUCAUUAAUAAUUAAACCGUAAAUGUAGUAAUAAAAUAACUUUAUUUAUAAUAAAAUUAAAAAAAAAACAAAAAAAUAUUAAAUAAGAUUAAUAAAAAUAAAAAUUAGAAAAAUGAGAAUUACUACCUUCUUCCCACAAACAUUGAAACAUUUUCAAAGAAAAAGUGACAUCUUAAUGGCAUUCCAAGGGAGAAAAUGAAAAUUUUACGCAAAAUGAAAAAAAAUUCAUUGAUCGGAAGUGACAUUGCUGGGAGGUGGCAGAGGCUACGGGAAAGGCCUCCAUAUAUAUGCAACACUUUGCAUAUAUAUAGGGGUAAGAUCGCAUACAAACCAUGCUUAACUUACUAACCUACAAACUCAAUAAUAUGCAACACUUUGAACUUCAAUAUGAAGUACAAAUAAUGUAAAGAUGCACUCUUUGAAUUUCAAUAUGCAAUACAAAUAAUGUAAAUAUGAAACUGCUAUUUUAUGGCUUGAAUAAUAUGAAACACUUUGAACUUCAAUGUGCAAUACAAAUAAUGUAAAAAUGAUUUGAAUUGAAUGAGAGGACUAGUUUGUAUGUGAUCUCACCUCUGCAUUUUUACAUUAUUUGUACUGCAUAUUGAAGUUCAAAGUGAUGCGUAUUAUUGAGUUUGUAGGUUAGUAUUUUAAGCAUGGUUUGUAUUUGAUCUCUUAUAUAUAUAUAUAUAUUAUCUGUGAGAAUGUUUGUCACGGAUUUGUCACGGCCACGGUCCGUGACAAAACACUUCACCGGAAUCCCAUCGCCUUUCAUUUGUCACGGACGCAUCCGUGAAUAAAUGUUUUUAUUUUUCAAAAAAAAAAUAAUUACUUGUCACGGAAUUAUCCGUGACAAAUUUUAAAAAGGUUUUUCAAAAUAGAGUGGGCGGGUAUUUGAAACGGUCCGGAAAAUUCAAAUUUUAAAUUUUGUCACGGACAUAUCCGUGACAAACUAUUUUGAAAAAAAUUUGAAAAUUUUAAAAUAGAGUGAGCGGGAGCUUUAAAAUUUUCAAAAAAAUUCAAAUUUUUGAAUUUGUCACGGAUGGGAAACAUUUUUUUUAAAAAAAAAAUACGUUAAUUUAGCGUGAAUUUAUAUUUUGUCACGGAACAGUCCGUGACAAAAGUUUAAAUUUUUUUAAAAAAAUUUUUAAAAAUUCAGCGCAUUUUUAAAAGUUUAUUUCAAAAGUUUAUUUAAUAAAAAAAACCAUUAAAAUUUAGGCGCUUUUUCAAAAAAUUAAACUUAAUAAUAAAUAGUUAAACAAUAAUCAUAAUAAAUAAUUGUUUAUAAUAAUAAUCACAAUCAACUAUUACAAAACACCAUCAUAAUAAAUCACCAUUAAUCACCAUUACACAUUAGGUAUCAUAAUAAAUAAUAAUCUAAUCAAACCAUCAUUAUAAAACACAAAUAAACUAUUAUUUAAACACAAUCAAACCAUUACACAUUAAUAUUCAUACAUUAACACAUCAAAAUUUUAAAAUCCUUAAAAUGUUAAUAAACUAAUUAUCGGAACUUGUAAACUGCGGAACAGCAGUCGAGGCGGCAGGGAACGGCAGACGAGGCGUUAGAACGGCAGGUUGACAAACCGGUGCAGGGAAUAUUAAAGCUUUUUCAGCCUUAAUCAGACGAGGCGUCAGCUACUUUAAUUGUCACGGACCUAUCCGUGACAAAUUUAAGUAUAAAUAUGUGCUUAGAGUCCCAUUUUUUCGGUGCGAAAAAAUGGCUAAUCCAGAACCAGAUGUGUGGAAGUUGAUCAGUAGAAGUGUACAAAGAUUAAAACAAGUUACACAGUUGAUGAAGCCUCGAAAUGCAGAAGCAGUUCAAAGCAUCCGUGAGCUGAUGAGUAGACCGCUUGAAAGCUUUGGCGAUAUUAUAGACUAUGAAUCGGACUCAUACAACGUUUCACGAGGGAAAAACUUGCGUAGGGCACUUUUACGCGCAGAACAAUGUUCGGAGUAUAUGAUACCUAUAAACGCGGAAGCUGCAGAAAGAAUUAACGAGCUACUUGAUAGGCCUCUAGAUGAAAGUUUUGACGCUAAUGAAUAAUAUUGUGUUUAUUUGUUUAUCUGUAUUGUGAGUUGUUGAAUGUAAUAAAUG